AUGAUGGAUCGCGACCUCGUACUUCGUCAGCUACAGUAUUCUGGAAUGAUGGAAACGAUCAAAAUUCGACGCAAUGGCUAUCCGAUUCGUCAUGAUUUCGAACCAUUUGUUAGGCGAUAUCGUGUGCUUGUGAAUGGAAUUGGAGCUCCAAAUCCGAAAAAUGCUCGUGAUGCUGCUGAACAAAUUUGUCAGAAAGUGUUGGGUCCAAAUUCGCAAUAUCAGCUAGGAAAAACCAAAGUUUUUCUCAAAGAAAGGCAUGAUCUUUUCCUCGAGCAGGAAUACCACCGUAUGCUUGAUUAUCGAGCCGUCAUGAUCCAGAAGAACGUUCGAGGAUGGCUUGCAAGGCGCUCUUUCGUCAAAAAGAAGGAAGCAGCUACCGUAAUCCAGAAACAUUGGAAACGCUACGACCAGCAAAAGCGUUACAAUCAGAUUGUGGCUGGCUUCUGCCGCUUGCAAGCUGUUCUUCGCUCGCGACAACUCGUCCUACACUAUCAAACCCUACGGCGCAGUAUUAUCAAUUUCCAGGCUGCAUGUCGUGGAGCUCUUAUUCGUGCGAAGAUAAGAGAGCUUAAGAAGAAAGGUCAGAAGAAAAUUAUCCCUGUGGAAGAACCGAAGGAGGAAGUGAAAGACGACAUCAAGGAAGAAGAACUGGUGGGCAUUAAAUCUUUGAUUUUAAAAUUUUGUCGAAUCAGCUAUGUUAGUAAUAUAUCACAAAGCUUUGCAGAUGUUAAUCCUGAAUGGAAAGAAUACAAAGGUAAAGCAUGA